GUGCACCAAUUCGCGCUGCCUCUAAUGGACUGUCUCCUCGCGCCGCUGCCGCAGCCGCCGUCUUUGUCGCUGUCUGCUGCAGCAGGUGCAGCAGCAGCAAGUGGGGGCGCGGGGACAGCAGCAGCAGCAGAGGCAGCAGCAGGUGCAGCAGCAGCAGCAGCAGCAGGGGAGGGGCUGUGCAUGGCGUUCACGCCGCAGCAGCUGCGGCUGCGGCGGAAAGCAGCAGCAGUUCUUGCUGCUCUUUUUGUGCGGGCGAGGCAGCAGCGGGAAGCUUUAGAUGCUGUUGAAGAAGCUGCUGCGCUGCAGCUGCUGCGCAGCUUAGUGCAUCCCAGCAGCAGCAUUGAAACAGCUUUAGGAGCAGCAAUUGGCAUCCGGGCCCUCGGCCGCAAGGCCGUGCUGCUGCUGCUGCUGCCGCAUGCGUCUUUGCUGCUGCAUGCACUCGAGCGCGGCCAGGAGCUCGCAGAGACCCAGAGGCUAGCGAUAUCUGCGAAGCUCGUGCAGAGCCACUCAGAUGCGGCCAAAAGCAGUUUGCUGCUGCUGCAGCAGCAAGUCCUUGACCACAGGGAGUUGCUAACGCGUUUGCUGCAAGACGAGCUCCUGGAUGCCGCCUUCACUGAACUGUCUGAGCAGCUUCUUGAGAAAGAACUUCACGCCUCAGACGGGCCGGAAGCUGCGCUGGGCCACAUCUUCGCAGUACUUGAGGAUGCUGAGGAAGGCCUCAGAGAUUCUUAUAUUCCAGUUGUUGCUGCAGCACUGCGCAGAGCAGCAGCAGCAGCAGCUGCUGCUGCUGCUGUGCGCGAAGCGUCGGCGCGCUGCGCCCUACUGACGCACGGAGAGCGGCAGCGGAUCCGACAGCAGCAGCAGGGCUUCAAACAGCAGCAGCAGCAGCAAGGGCAGCAGCAGCAGCAGCAGCAGCAGGAGCUGCGAAGGCAAAAAGAGGUUAAAGCCUUUGUAGAAAAAAUAGUGGCGCUGCUCACCAAAAUGAAGCAGCAGGCGCAGAUGCAGCAGGAACACGAUCAGCAGCACCAGCUGUUCACGCAGCCGCAGCAGCAGCAGCAGCAGCAGCAGCAGCAGGCCUCCUUCUCUUCCCUAGGGGACAUAUCACGGUGCAUGGGCAGCGCCUUGCUGGAGAUGGUUGUCUAA